UUCCUUCAUGUUGUUCUUGAUUGAGGGAUUCAUGGAGGAGCCAUGCGUAGCUCUAUCACCGCUCUCCUCAUAUUGGGGUCAUUAAUAGAAGUCAUGUCCUGGCACGUCCAUCAGAAAGUACCAAUUAAGUGGUCAAGUCUCGCAAAUCUCCGAGGGCUCUCCAUUCUGAUGAAACCGGGAAGAAUUCACAACGUGGAUGCGAAGUGAGUUUGAAUUACUGAAUAGUGUACAUACAGUAAGGUCAAAAGAAAUCAUCCGCAAAAGUUUGAACGUUUCUGGCCAACGACUCAAUCGUCUGAACUGGUCAGUGCAAGGUGCUCCUAUUUGGCUUGAAGCCCGGUAACGUUAAUGCACCUGCAUUCAUUGUACCCAGCAGAUUCUCUUUCUGAUGAGUAACUUUGUCGUACAGUGUACUUACAAUGAAAAGAUGAAGUUUGAUACUUAAAGUUGCCACUUAUUUAUUUUUUUUAGAUGGCCUUUUCCUCUCAUUUCCUUGGGCCUUUUUUCCUUCUAAGCUCGCCCUGAGCUUUUAUUUGAAGUAAUUUCUUUAAAAAGACCUAUAAUUAAAAAAAACAACAACACAAAAAAGCCAUCCUGUGGAGCUGAGUCAGUCGAGAGUCAGGCCCUCUGACUGCCUCUACGGUUUGCAGACAUGGUGCUGACGUCAUUAUUUUUAUUUUUUUAAAACUAUACAUUUGUAUGACGUAACUGUGACCUUUUUGUGGUGAAAACUUAUUACCGUCACGUGAAAUGUUUUUCUAAACAACCACAAGAAAAACAAAAACACGAGAUUUUAGAGCGCUUCAAUCAAGGAAAAGUUCUAGUGUGCCCACUGAAAGUCCGAGAUAAGGAGUGGCAACAGUCGGUGAGGUUUGUGUUUUAAUUUGUAAUGUAAGCGACUUAGAUUUGUCAUUGAUAGCUUUGCUAGCGUAGACAGAAUCACUUGUGUCUUCAAUUUUCUUUCUAAACUUUGAACUGAAGCAUUCUUCAACUUACUUUUUUCAAGAGGAGGUUUUAUUGAAAGUCCCGAAUGAUUUUUGAACAUCAAAGUGAAAAGAGCGCGUUACUUGCGGAAAAAAAGGUGGGAUAAAAUGAAUAUUGUAGACUUUUUUAAAAAUGUUUUUAAACAUUUUACUUUGCCGUUUAUUUGCAGUUGUAUUGUGAAUGAUUUCAUAUCCAAUACCGGAAGUAGAGGUCACAGCCAGUAUCACGAGACAUUCCACAGGUUACGUACUCUUGAAAUUCACGCUCGAGGAGGUAAGUAACAACCCAGGUAUAACCUUCAGUUAAUCAAUAUAAAAUGUGUUGGAUUUGAAGAUAAACAUUGUUCAUUAUCUGAAAAACUGCCCUGCCAAAACCAAACUAGGGAGACAACUGAUUAGUCAUUACGUCAAAUGGUUUCAGUAUACUCUAAGGUCGCACUCAGUCGACCGGUUCUUUAGUUAGAAAGCAGUACUUUAUAUUGCGGUUUAAAAUGGACUCCGCCGGCAUAUUUUCUGUCGACUCAUUUUCGGGAUCAAACAGGAAUUUCCCAAAUCGGUGUCCGUUCGAUCGAAAAGUUCUGUCGCAAACUGUAGCAGAGUUUUGUUGUAGCGAUACUAGAGGCAAUUUACCCUUGUUACAAAUUCGAAGAAUUCACUAGCUUGCUGGUAUGGCUAAGAAUGAACGUACCGGACGUGCUGCUCACAAUCUGCAAUCUCUAAGAGGAAAGGAAAUGGCCUGCUCUUUUAAUGACGUCACAAAAUGAUCAUCAGCAUACACUCAAGUUUGUACUCGUUUUUGUUAAACGGACUGACGAAGAGAACCCAACCACAUCUCAGUUGCGUGUUGUUCAGUGACCAAGACAGUCAGUGAGGUGCUUUGAAUGUUCCUCUAAAUGAAAGGCGGAAAGUUUGUAGGUAAUCAUCCGAGGUACGAUGAUAGUAAGUCUCAGAAACUUUCAGCUUAUUAGGUAGGACGAAAGACUAUCCAGCGGGCUUUCGAGUCGGCUUCCUUCACGACGAUAGCGUUCUGCUCUCAUAAUAUACUCAUUUUUCUAUUUCGUUGCUGGGUGUGAAAUUCUCCUCCGAUUCAUUAAUCAAGUCACUCAACGAGGUCGAUCUUUCAUGCCCUUUUCAAACAAUGGUAACUUUUUCACUGUCCAACUAUUUGGGCGCUGCGAAUGAAGAAAACUAUCAAAUUAAUUUGGACUUGAUUCAGAUUACCGACUCAAUCGAAUUCUGAGCGGUACCUUGAAGGCAUCCGCUUCGCAAGUGUUCAAAGUUGGAGCUUGGGACGAGUAGGCUCGCGAUGAGUAAUUUAUACAGCGUGUUAGGGACGUCACAGUGGUUUUCAAAUGUUAAUCGACUGAUGUUUGAAGAUAUUUAGAGCUAACUGGGAUCUGUAAUAACAUUGACUUAGCCUUCGUCUCUGCCAAACCUCUACCGCUCAGCGAUAUUUCAUCAUUAUGCCCGAUUUUACGGUGGAUAAAAAGCAAUUUCUUUGAAAAUUUGGAUAUUAAAUACUGCGUUAAAUUAAAAUUAAAAAAAAAAUCGUUUCAAGAAAGUUAAAAUGAUUGCAUAAUGAUUUGAUCAUUACGCAAGCGAGCAAACAGCUAAAAAGCCCUUAUAAAUAUUGACUUUUAAAGAAAAGUUGAAAGAUAAAUAUUAGCAGAGCUGGCUUUUGCAAAUAUCUUUUAACCGAAAAACAAUAAUUGAAAGUUAAUUAACAUUCUUUUUUGCUUUUCUCCCUGAGUUCUAUUGUGUUGCAUCGUCUCCAGGAUUUCUGGUGUUUUUUUAUUACAAUUAGUAUACAAAAACAACGUAUCUCUUUUGCAGACAUAGAUAACGGAGCACAAACACUUUUUACCUAUUUUUCAUACCAUCCUUUCAUUCUGCACUUUUUCUAGUGCCUAAGGGUAAGUGAAGAAAACCAUUACAGCGAUCUUAUCUUCCGGUUUUAAUGCAAUUUAAUAUAUCUACGAUGAUUGCUUGUGAACCAUAGUAGGAAGUACGUCAUUGUUUGGAAAAUAAGGUUGUAUAUGUACCUUUCAUGAACAAAAUAAAUGGCGAUUUGCAUCUUCCAUCACGAUCACUAUAUCAUAUAGCUACCUUCGUAAAGGAUGUGAUUUAUAAGGUUCGUUUAACGUAGAGUUUUUGCGGUUAAGUGCUAAUUUUGUUUUUCUGUCAGGUCUCAAGAGAAAAGAGCUGGUCCAGGGAUUCCAAUCGAUUUUUCAGCGAGCCAUGGAAGGAACAAAAUUACUUUGGAACGGAUCAAGACUAGUUUCGCGGCUGCACUUGGAAAACAUGAUCCUAAAAAUAUUGCUCAUAUUCUUAAUCCACUCCCUCAUAAAGAGGAACUAUUCAUUGGAGCUGCAAUUAUUAGCAACAGUUAUUUUGUACUUGAAGACGUCAUGUGCAACGCCUUCUCCGUCAUCAGUGUACUCGAGAGUUUCCAGUACACAGUACACGAGUACUCCGUCGCUUUUAAGCUUUCAAUCAACAAUCACAAGCGAUCACGGUAACUACCUCGCACAAACGCUUAACGCAACCUCAUCACAAGGGAGUAAUUUUUCCUCGCAUAUUCAUAUAGACAUGUCUGUCAAAACUGAGACAACGUUGACGCACUUGCAAGGUAAUCGUAGCGUUAUUUUUUAUUGUAAUUUAGCAGCGUUUCUGACGGAAAACUCCGACUACUUCGGCCUAUAGACGUGCUACUUCAGACUGUUUAAACUUAUUUUAUUUUAUUCAUCUUGCAUCUCAUCUAUAAAAAUGGAGCAAGGGUGGAUUUCUACUGUCGCGUAAGUCUUACGUGCGUAAAUAAAAGAAAUACGUUGUAUGAAAGGCCGCGCGAAAACGUAAAAGUCGAGCGAGUUUUUUUUUACUUUUACGAGCGACGUUUAGAUACAUUGCCCCUAAUCUAUUUACGCACGUACACACAACGCCACAGUGAAAAUCCACCUUAUAAGACGGGAGGUUAGUCUUCCUUUCGGCCUUUCCUAAAAUGCGUAAGGACUCUUGGAUGUGCAAGUAAAAGAAUGGCUAGCUUGACUUUAGCUAGCCUGCGUGCAGACGAUAACUAAACUCUGAUUAGUACCGUCUGCGAAGCAGCGCAGAGAUCCUUGUUCUGGACCCCCAACGGACUCAACGAAUUACCAGAAGUGCGUUUCGAAUUCCCCUUCAACCUGAUUGGCGAUCACGACAAACAAAACAAAGGCCUUUUUUAACUGGCCAAUCGUGGCGCGUACUCAAAUCUGGGUACACAGCUGGAAGUCCAGAACAAGGAUUUCGGCGCUGUUUCGCAGACGGAGUUAACCAGAGUUUAAUUUCGUCUGCGCGCAGGCUAGACUUUAGCACGAAUGAACUGGGACUUUCACAGACACGUCGAAUCCGAUUCGGUUUGACAGCAAACAAUUGACCAGCGGUUGGAAGAAUAAAUCCAAAAUGGUUCUCCAUGUACUUGGAAUGUCAAAGGAAGGUAGCGUGUACCACAAAAUAGCUUGCCGCAUUGCACAGCAUUGGCAUGUUCUUGCUUUUAAACCUCGUGUUAAACUCGAAUUUAACGUGGUCUUUUUAAUUUAGUAUUGUUAUAGCACGAUAUUUCAAACACGUCUUAGAAAGACAGACUGGAAAGACUGUAGCUGAAUAUAUCAAUAACAGAGUUUUCUUUUCUGCUUCCAAGAAAGUGAAGAGAUUGUAUAACUAGACAAAAUAAUGCAUGUCGUGACAGUACACGUAAAGAACGCUAAGAGCACCGCCAUUUCAUUUCACACCAGUAGAAAAUGUAGCUAUUAAGGAAUAAGUUAUUUAUGUGUGAACAAAAUUUUAUUCAUCAGCUGACUGAAAUAUAUAACUCCAGGCUAUAAAGUCAAACUUGUCUGCGUUUAAAAAUAAUGCUAAUUCGGAGACAAAUUCGAGUAGACGAGGCAUUAUUUGUUCUGAGUUAAUUCACAGGAUCAUUUAUCUAUAACGACCAUCCUUGGAGACCAGUAGACUUGCUACGAGUCGACCUUUUGGCAAGCGGUGCGUGCCUUGUUUCGCCGCGAGGCGGCCGACCGCGAGCGACGAAGUCAUAUGAAAUCCGACGAAGGACUUUUUUGAAAGUCUAGGAGACCAGCAGCCAAUUACAAAUCCGAACUGUUCUAAAAACAUUUGAAUACCCCGCUUGUUAUUGGCUAUAUUUCUGGGGAAGCGGGGAAUUCAAAUGUUUGUGGAACAAGUUCGGAUCUUUCUUCCUUCUUGUAAACUUAUAAUGGACUGGAACAAUUUCGUUCGUGAAUCUUUCGUCUUGAUUAGCUGCGCCCAAAUGCUAGUCUCCGAGGAUGCAUAAUGAGUGGGUAGACGCUUCAAACAAGGUUACAUUAGCAGUAAUGGGGCAACUCACACCGCAGUGGAAAUAUAGAAGCCUUAUUUAUCUGUUGCCUAGUCCCUGUAUGGCGUUUCGCAGGCCUUCACGUUCAUGCAUUUCUUUGACGUUUCCGAGGGUCUCCGAGACCCGGAAACGAGUAAGUCGCGCGGAAUAAUGAAUGCCUGGGGUCUAUCUUAAGUUAUUGACUGGAUCUAUCUUAAGUUAUUGGCACUUAAGUUGUACGUGCAAUUACCUCUUUUUUAAUAGAUUGAUUUUCGGAAAAUGGCAUUUGUGUCUAGAUAAUGUGUUCCCUGUUAGCAGAGGCCUUCCGCAGAAAAAAAAAAAAACUCUGAAUACCAGGGAAAAGAGGCCUCUGCUGGCAGGAAAGAUGGGAAUUUUCUUUAACGAAUAUGAUCUCAUUUACUUCAUUUUUUCGUAGGAAUCUGUGAUCCAGACUGGAUUCAUCAUGGUGAUCUUUGCUACAAAGUUGUAAAAGAAACUAAAGUGUUUAAUCACGCCGAGAGAUUUUGCGUUAUCCAUUCAGCUCAUCUGAUAUCGAUUCAAAGUAAAGAAGAAAAUGAUAUAAUUUUUAGUUUAAUUCAGACUUCUAUCGGCCAACCUGGCAAAAUUAGGAUUUGGCUUGGGAUGGAAAGACUGUCGUCGGAUUCCAGUCUCCAUUGGGUUGAUAAAAAACCAUUUACGUACGAGAACUGGGCCCCAGGUGAACCAGACCAGUCAGGCGCAUGCGUACAAAUGAUUCACAAGGGAUGGUGGGAAGACGCGUCAUGUACGCAGAAACUGCCUUACAUAUGCAAGAAAGGUAACUAAUGGAAAAUUUUUAUAAAAUCUGUCUAUGGCUUUCAAUAAGUUAAGGACAUCUUUGAUCUCACGAAAAGUUUGAUAAUUGUUUGUAAACGGAAGAAAGAUGACAAAAAUGCAAGUUUGAGAAAACAGUGGUGAUGUAGAUAGGUUCAAAAAAAGGCUGAAGCACUUUCUUUGAUCAAGUUAUCGCCGUGAAUCGGCCUUUGUACAGUUUUCAGUGACACGCCUCAGCGCCUGGGUGCACAAAGCUACUUGGGAUUUACUGCGCAUUUUCUGUAACCAUUCUCUUUGCUCCGGAACGCUUUUUUGCAUAGUAUCACAGAUUACUACUCGGCCGAUGAAUAAAUGAAUAUAGAAAACGCAAAGAGAGACCCUCGGAAAGCAGGAAAUAUUUGCAACAAAUUCCAAAUUAAUCUCAACUUACCUUUUUUAACCGGGCCCAGGGGAGGUGUGGAGUAUUUUUGGCUCGCGCCACGGACCUUUAAAUGUUACGAGAGUUGGUUACUUGGGUGGUUUAUGAGGGUCAAUACAUCAAAUUCACAAGAAAGACGCCUAGGCACCGAAUUCAUUGUCCUCAGGGGAGACUUGUAACUGUUCUUUGGUAACGAUGGCUAGCGCGGAAACAAUUCAGUUCCACAUUAUGUGGAGAUGGAUUGAAAAACCCUGAACUAAAACUGAACUAAUCUAUCUUGAUUUGCUGUCGUACCAAAAUCACCCCUGUUCCCCUUUAUAGCGUCUUCCGAGGGCUUGUUCGAUAGUUUAGCAACUUAUUCCGCUAGAUCGCCAUUACCUACCUCGUUAAGCUGCUCCCGCGUUUACACUAUUCUGCAAAUCUUGAAAAGUGUCGAUUGACCAACUGUCUACCAUUUUUGUGUUCGAACAUGGCUGGGUUUUGUAAAAACCUUGUUUCUGUAUUAAUUUGUACAGGUAGCAAAGACAGCUUACCUUACUCCCGAGCUACAGAGCUAGGGGUCCUAAUUGGUAUACCCAUGGCCUGCUCUGCAAUCAUGCUGACCGUAGUUGCUGUUUUAUUCGUUAAGAGUGUCAAUGAUUCGCAUGGAACUUAUUACGGAUACGGAAAAAAUCGCAACAAGGACAAAAUCCACUCUUGCUUGAUUAGUAUGAGCACAGGCAUCGCACAGGUUGGAGCCGUAGGAUAUGUCAACGAAGCUCGCCGUUUUAGUAGAUCAAGCACAAGGUCGACUCCGUCAGUGCACUCCUCAGUGCCUAGUAUCCAUUCUCUCGAGGGUUCGCAGGUCGCUUCGCCUGUGACAACCCCGGAGAUCACCAUCACACCCGGAACACCAGAAUCAGAGCGAAGAAUAGACAUCACAAGUGUUCCGGCUACUUCCGCCACAAGUAUUGAACAAGACAGGUUUCAGUCUGUGACGAGUCUAGAAAAUCUGCUAUCUAGAAAGUACAUUAAGCCGAAAACUCGUCGCCUGCGUUCGUUGAAGAAAGCGGAUGCUGUGGUGUCACCUGCAGGGGCCGCUGGGAAAUACAGACGUAAAGAUGAGGAAUUCGAAUUUUAUGAAAUCUGAUUUUUGUUUAUCAUGUUUAUAAUAAAAAAAAAGACCAGAACGUUGCUUGUUUAACAAUUAUUAUAUUUAAAACACUUUCCUUUGGAAAUUUACGGAGGUCUCCUUUAGAGGAGGAAUCGAGUUGUUUAUUUAUUGUUUUUUAGUCAUUGAUUGUACAAUGUAGAUUUUACCAAAGACGCAUUUACGUACCCAUUUCUUCCCUUGUUUCGUCAUAGUUGUAGUCAUCAUCAUUGUUCAAAUUAUUAUCAUCGAUAUCACAUUUUUAAGUUAAGCUUGUACUGUUUUAAUAGUUUAAUAGUUAGAAAUGAUUUGACAUAUACGGUAUAUUAAAGUAGAAAUUGUCAACUGGAUAUGCGCGCUCUCAGUUGAAGACAGUACAGUAAAAACCCGCCAGUAAAAACCCGCAUUUUCCCAAGUUAGUAUUUAUGUAAAAAUUACUAUAAGAAGAAUUGAAGCACUAACUUGUCCUGCUUCAGAACAUAACAUACAUGUAUUGUAAUGCCUUAUCUUAAUUGCCCAAGAUCGAGGUGUGUAGGCUGUUCCAGGCGUUCAGAUAGUGGGGAGUGGUGCGACGUAAAAAGGGGC